UCAGGCUCUACAUAUGGCAGCAACUACCUCCGAACGACUCGGGACAGCGAUGUCGUCUCCACGGCGUUCGAGGACGUCGACGGUAUUGAGCUGCUCUCGCCGUUCUUCAUGGAACCAGAAUCUGUGAACGAGGGCUUCGCCAAUGGCACGCAGGGACCUACAGAUGACAGCGAGCUGGACUACUUCAUUCGAACUUUAGCCAAUCGCAACGACUGGAUGAGCUACAGACCUGGCGAGUUCCUGUCUGAGGAAGGUCGGGCUAUCAACUAUGUCUAUCUCUCAGAGCCAUCGGUAGAGCCACUGGCGGCUACGGCGAACAGUACGAAGUUGAAGGUGUAUAUUCAGGCUGCGAUUCAUGGAAAUGAACCCGCGGCCGACCAAGCAGCACUAGCCCUCCUCGGCAAGAUGGACGCCAAUCAAACCUGGACCGCAUCUCUCCUCUCAAAGAUGGACAUCCUCAUGCUCCCUCGCUACAAUGUCGACGGCGUCCACUACUUCCAACGUGCCCUGGCCAACAACCUCGACGGUAACCGCGAAGCUAUCAAACUCGACCGCCAACAGUCCCGCGACAUCCGCCAGCGCUUCAUCGACUUUGGCCCACACAUUGCCGUUGACCUCCACGAAUUCACGGCUCCGACGAUCUACGGCGGCGACUACCAGCACGCGGCGGAUGCACUUAUCUCCGGCGGCAUCAACCCAAACAUCCAUCCCACCAUCCGCUCCGAAGUCCUUGAUCGCUUCAUCCCCGCUAUGGGUCGAAGGUUGGAGUCCUACAAUCUUCGCUGGGCGCCCUAUGUUACUGGCGCAGGGUCGAAUGUCUCCGGCUCGGAGAUCGUCUUCGAGGAAGCCGUGACCGAAGCUCGCACAGGUCGCAACGCAAUGGGUCUAUCGCAAGCGAUCAGCUUCUUACUAGAAAUGAGAGGCAUCCGUAUCGCAGACCAGCACUUCCAACGCCGUGUAGCCACCGCCUUGCUUAAAAUCGAAGCCAUCCUCGAAACAGCCCGCGACGAUGCCGACGAGGUCUUCUCCAACGUCGAGUCCGCACGAGAGGACUUCAUCAACGGGACCGAAGACAUCGUGGUUACGGAUAGCUAUACUCCCACCAACGCCACUUUCCCCCUCGUCAACCGCGAAACCGGCCAAGUCGAACAAGUCCCCAUCACAUUUAUAGCCACGACUCCUUCCAUCGCGAACCUCACCCGCUCUCGUCCCGCGGCGUACCUCAUCCCUCGCGCCUGGGCGGACGUCGCUGCACGCCUCCGCGUCCUCGGACUGGAAGUGCAGACCCUCGAGUCCACCUAUCGCGGGAGUGUAGAAGCGCUGUACGUCAAAAACAGCACGCUCGACACAUCGCUGUAUGAAGGGCAUGUGCUCAAUACGUUAGUCAUGGAGUCGGAGAUGAUAGAUGUGGAAUUACCGGCGGGUAGUUUCUGGGUGAGUACGGCGCAGAAGAAUGCGGCGUUGGCGUUUGUGGCGUUGGAGCCGGAGAAUAUUGAUUCGUUUGCGACGUUCGGUUUGGUGCCGUUGGAGGUGGGGGAUGAGUAUCCGAUUUUUAGGGUGUUGAGGGGGUAG